GUCAAUUUUGGUCCAAUUCCAAAUAGAAGUGAAAAUAUUGUAAAACUUAAUUUUAAAACAAAAUCGUUAACUGGUUAUUAAAUUAACUUAAUAAAAUGAACCGCAUGUUUAGUAUAAGAAAAUCUAUUCAUAUGCGUAGCCCUUAAUCGGUUUCAUUUGUCUUCCGUGGUAGUUUCAUAAGUGUAAAAUAUUCGCCUGUGUAGCAAUACUUCAUCAACAUGGUCCUAGCAGAUUUAGGUCGAAAAAUAACGACUGCUCUGCAGUCACUGAGCAGAGCCACCAUAAUAAAUGAAGAGGUUCUGAAUUCUAUGCUGAAGCAGAUUUGCGCUGCACUAUUAGAGGCAGAUGUGAAUAUUCGCUUAGUCAAAAACCUCCGGGAAAAUGUUCGCGCCGUCAUUGACUUUGAUGAGAUGGCCGGGGGGCUCAACAAGAGGAGGAUGAUACAGUCUGCAGUGUUCAAGGAACUUGUGAAGCUGGUGGACCCGGGAGUCAAGCCAUACCAGCCAGUCAAGGGCAAACCAAAUAUCAUCAUGUUUGUAGGUCUACAAGGUUCGGGCAAGACAACAACCUGUACUAAAUUGGCUUAUCACUAUUUGAGGAAGAACUGGAAGUCCUGUCUGGUUUGUGCCGACACCUUCAGAGCCGGUGCCUACGACCAGGUCAAACAGAACUGUACGAAAGCCAGAAUACCAUUUUAUGGAAGCUAUACAGAAGUGGAUCCAGUGGUGAUAGCGUCCACUGGUGUGGAGAUGUUCAAAAAGGAAGGGUUUGAAAUGAUAAUUGUAGAUACUAGUGGUCGUCACAAGCAGGAGGAGUCCUUGUUUGAGGAGAUGUUGGCUGUUGCCAAUGCUAUUAAACCAGAUAACAUCAUAUUCGUCAUGGAUGCCACAAUAGGACAGGCCUGCGAGGCCCAAGCCAGAGCCUUUAAAGAUAAAGUAGACAUUGGUUCAGUGAUUAUUACAAAAUUAGAUGGACAUGCCAAAGGAGGUGGUGCAUUGUCUGCUGUUGCAGCUACUCAGAGUCCAAUUAUAUUUAUUGGUACUGGAGAACACAUUGAUGAUUUGGAACCAUUCAAAACAAAGCCUUUCAUAAAUAAGCUGUUGGGCAUGGGAGACAUCGAGGGGUUGCUGGACAAAGUUAAUGAAUUAAAACUAGAUGACAAUGAUGAGCUGCUUGAAAAAUUGAAGCAUGGCCAGUUCACAUUGAGAGCUAUGUACGAGCAGUUGCAGAAUAUUUUGAAGAUGGGUCCCUUUUCACAAAUUAUGGGAAUGAUUCCUGGUUUUUCACAAGAUUUGAUGUCAAAAGGCAGUGAACAGGAGUCAAUGGCUAAAUUGAAAUGUCUCAUGACCAUUAUGGACUCCAUGAAUGAGGGCGAGCUUGACCACCGCGAUGGUGCAAAGCUGUUUUCUAAACAGCCGACGCGCAUCACCCGAGUAGCGCAAGGUGCCGGAGUCACCGAAAGAGAUGUAAAAGAUUUGAUUGCUCAGUACACCAAGUUUGCAGCUGUUGUUAAGAAAAUGGGCGGCAUCAAGGGACUCUUCAAAGGCGGCGACAUGGCUAAAAAUGUCAAUCAAACACAGAUGGCUAAACUCAACCAACAAAUGGCAAAGAUGAUGGAUCCCCGCAUACUCCAACAGAUGGGCGGCAUGUCCGGUCUACACAACAUGAUGCGCCAACUGCAGCAAGGGUCGAGUGGUAUGAACAGCCUCAUGGGUGGCAAAUGACACUAACAUAAAUCACCAAAACCACCAAUGUAAUACCAUAUUCAAUAAAAAUGAUGUUUAUACAGAA